UCCCGCCCGGACUACUUAGUGUUAAACCACUUCCGGUUAAAGUAGAUAGACAUUUGGUUAAAGGUGCUGUGCGGUUGUUGGUGUAUACUUUAAAGCAGGUGUUAAGCCAAAGCCCGGAAUGGAUGCUAGAUAAUCUUUUGAAUGGACAGAAUAAUGGGUGCUGGAAGAAUAAUGGCAGAGAGAUCAGUUUUAUUAGCGAGUAUGCAAGAGCGUUGAAGAUAGCCUGUACAAAUGCCUUAGCGGGGAUAAAAUUCACACAAGAAAUUGGCGUUGAAAAAGUGGACAAAUCAUUAGUUGCAAAUUUCGAAAUUCUCAAUUUAGUUCCCGAUCCUAGUAUAUACGCUAAUAAAUCUGAGACAGGUAAUCUGUUUUCAAAGUGAACGGAGAAUAUUCCGUCUUCAUUAUCGAACGUAAAAUGGAAACGCGUCGGGAUGGUAUCCGGCCGAGCGGUACGGUUGGACACCAUCAUCUGGCCUGGGGGAGAUCUAUCAGUAGCUGCAGUAUCAUCGCGAGCGAGGACCGUUUUUAGAGUCGUAACGGCACUGGCACCCCCGUUCGUUAUGGAAAGUGAACUAGACGAAGAUGGACAAUGUCUCAGAGGUCUUCCUUGUCAUCGCGUACUUACAUCCGACAAAGACAACCUCACUUUGGUUUUCAACGAAAUGCAGCGAUUAGAAGACGAAGAAGACGACGCACAAAUCGACCAAUCGGACUACUCGGAUUACAAGCAAUUUGCAAGUGAUUAUAGCGAUGACGACGAAAGGUUUUUUCCGUUUCAAAAGUUUAAGUACAAGACCAACUGCUGCUACGGUUUAUCCAUGGACUUACUCGAGAAUGUUGCUCAAGAAUUAGAAUUCGAUUUUAGGUUGUACAUAGUCGCCGAUGGACUUUUUGGUUCAAGAAUUGUAAAGAGGAAAGGCAAAAGGAACGAUCACGUGAAAUCUGAUCGUGUCAAGGAGCUGAACCCUGACGAAGUGGACAUCAAAUGGAACGGCAUCGUAGGGGAUUUAGUAUCGGGGGCAGCGCACAUGUCUUUCGCGGCUCUCAGCGUUUCCAGCAUCAGAAGCGAAGUGAUAGAUUACAGCGUCCCGUAUUUCUUUAGUGGCGUCUCGUUUUUGGCGGCUCCACAACAGAAAUCCGAGAUACCACUAAUGGCUUUCUUGUUACCUUUUUCGCCGGAGUUAUGGAUCGCUAUAUUUACAAGUCUCAACAUCACCGCAAUAGCAGUAGCAAUUUACGAAUGGCUCAGCCCGUUCGGUCUGAAUCCAUGGGGCAGACAACGGUCCAAAAACUUCAGCAUGUCUUCGGCGCUUUGGGUGAUGUGGGGUCUACUAUGCGGCCACCUAGUAGCAUUUAAGGCACCGAAAAGUUGGCCCAAUAAGUUCCUAAUCAACGUUUGGGGAGGAUUCUCAGUGAUAUUUGUAGCUAGUUAUACUGCCAACAUUGCGGCGUUAAUUGCUGGAUUAUUUUUUCAUAAUACUGUCAGCAACUACCAUGAUCGAAGUUUAUUGAGUCAAAAGGUAGGCGCACCAAGAUCAUCAGCCGCUGAAUACUACGUCCAAAGAGCCAACCAACUUCUUUGGCAACACAUGCACAAGUACUCUCUCGAGAGUAUAGAGGAAGGGGUUAAGCGACUCCGAAAUGGAUCCUUAGAUAUUCUCAUCGCCGAUACACCUGUUUUGGAUUAUUACAGAGCUACUGACCAUGGCUGUAAAUUGCAAAAAAUUGGCGACAGUAUAAAUGAAGAUAGUUAUGCGAUUGGAAUGGCCAAGGGGUUUCCACUUAAGGACAGUAUAUCAGCCGUAAUAGCGAAAUACUCGAACAACGGCUACAUGGACAUCCUCCAGGAAAAGUGGUAUGGAGGCCUGCCGUGUUUCAAGCUCGCGACGGAUAUAGCUCAACCUCGUCCUCUGGGGGUCGCCGCCGUCACGGGGGUUUUCAUCCUGCUGGGGGUGGGCAUCGCCCUUGGAUUGCUCAUCCUGCUCGUCGAACAUCUGUUUUUCCGGUAUACUUUGCCCCUUUUGAGGGAUAAGCCGAAGGGAAGCAUUUGGAGGAGUAGAAAUAUUAUGUUUUUCAGUCAGAAACUGUAUCGGUUCAUCAACUGCGUGGAAUUAGUUUCACCCCAUCACGCUGCCAGGGAAUUAGUCCACACCAUUAGACAAGGACAGAUAACUAGCCUGUUUCAGAAAAGCAUCAAAAGGAAGGAACACGAACAGCGUCGGCGCAGAAAGAGCAAAGCGCAAUUUUUCGAGAUGAUCCAAGAGAUACGAAGCACCAUCCGUAGGCAGCAACAAGAGGAACGGGAACCGCCGCUGGAGUCCGUCACCGAGGUGGAUUCUGAGUACCAGUUGAGUCCGGAUGAGAAGAAGUCGAGGUUGAGUCCAAGCAUCAUUAAGAGGACUUUCUUAAGGUCUAGUCCAAAGGCUGAUAAUGGGACAAAGAGCAGAUCACCAACAACGUAUCUUAGCAAACAGCUAUUCAGUCCACGGUCCAAAAAUAAAAACAAAAGCUCAACCAACCUUAACGUAAGACGUUUUAGUACAGAUAGCAUAUUUAACUCACAGACACUAAACAACAAGGACCACAGUACUGUAGUCGGCAGAAGACUCAGUAAAGAUGCUUCCGCGUUUCUAUCCAGUUCUCCACCUGAUAUAAACAGCAGGCGAUCCAGCUAUUUAGACAUAAUCAACUCCGGAAGUAAACUGGCUGGAAAAAGCCCUAUCCUCUCCAUCGAAAACCUCUCAGACUGUAGCAAGUACUCGGAGCCCAUGAGGAAACUAUCGGACUCGGAAAGUAUAGGGAAAAAGCUGGCUACUUUGCCAAGAUACGAAUCCAUCGACAAACAUCGUUUGUUACAGCCUCAACAUAGUCUUAAUUUGGGUAAAAGUGACGAAACUUUGUCCAAAUCUUUGAAACCUGAACCAGUGGCGCAGGCGAGAAGUUUCAACAAUGUAUCGCAGACAAACACGAACGAAAAAAGUAAUUUGUCGGAUGAUGAAAUAGCGAGGAGGAAUAAAGAGACGAUUAAUCAGUUACAGGGAGUGAUCACCAACACCAACAAACCAAGACCGCCACUUAAACGAAGCAAUGACAAUAAUUCAAAGCAAAACACCAACCCCCAGAUACGAAUCCAAGUAGAAGACACAUCUAAGAACGAAACGCGUCAUCCUCCCCUUUCAAGAAAAACCAAAACUAGACACCAGAGUCUAGGAGACGCCACCAGCAGUUCAGAUCCUCCAAAGCGCAACAAACUAACGGAACAGUCCAAGUCGUUAGAUAGCAGCAACCCAUCUACUUCUGAACGAAGAAGAUCUAGAGCUAGAUCUAAAUCCAGAGACGAUGAUCUACCACCCGCACCUCCACCACCCAACUGCUCACCGAGGAACUCGAACGGUAGAUCGCCCCUGGAGCGUUUGUCGAAAGACGAACUCGUACUCCUAUGGAGAAGUUCUGAAUCAGAACUGAGAAGCCAUCUGCUGAAGGCGCUUCGCGACAAAGAAGAACCCUCGGACCCGCCUUGAAGAAAGUAAAGAGGAAAUCUUACUUUCUGUGACAUUUGGAGCCACUUGUGGCAGACAAAGUUAAAAAAUGCGUUUUUUAUGAUCACCGACCAUCAUCAUCAGCAUCUUUUAAGACGAGCCAUCAUUAGAAAAACCAAAUAAUACAUUUUGGAAGUCGUUUAAUCUUUGGGCACGGAGAAACGGUGCCUAAGGAUGACUAAACGGCCUUAUAGAAUUGUAGAGUGAUAUAAAAUUGACCACUAAGUGUUAUUAGAAGCCUUGUAGUCUAAGCCCUUUAUGAAAAAAAUACUACAUUUUAUGAAGAAAUACUCUAUCCAUAAAAUUAAUAAGAUCGUUAUGAACCUUAAUUACUUAUCUUGUUUUUCGGAGAUCAUUGACAAUACAACCUACAAAAGGUUAAAUUUUAGACGUUUCUAUUAAAUUUAAUAAAUUAAAUCCCCUCAUAUCAAAUAAAUUGGUAUUAAAUUUACGUUUCUAUAAUAUACACAUCGUUCUCUCUCCAGACUGGUUUUAAUCUUCAGCUCUUCUAAGUGCUUUACAGAAUCAUCAGCCUGUCGAUCAGCCAGAUCUGGUCAGUCCACCAAGUUGGUAAUGACUGCUUUGUCUUCUCUUCUGGAACGUUUACGGAGACCAAAGGAACUAGAGAAUAAAGUAGCUAUGAACAGAUUGUAGUCAGUCUAGUUUUAAUAUACUGUUGUGAUCUGAUUUCUAUUACUUUUAUAUUAAUUAGUAUUUAUUUGAUUAAUUAUUUAAUUACCGCAAAUCAUACAUAAAAAUUUAAGAAAAAAUCUCAGGGUGCCUUUUGUCAUAAAAAAUUUAAUUAAAUUCUCUUAGUUAAUUAAAUUACUUAUCCUUUCUCGUGGCUUCAGUAUCUCUUAGUUGAUCCUUAUCGGGAUAAAAUAGGAAAAGGAAAUAAAUAGAAAAAUCAUAAAUAAACACAUACAAAUACCUUUAUUAUCAAAAGCAAUACUCUGUAAAUUUAUUAAUUAAAUCCUGUGGGCAUAACUGUCCAAAAGAAACUUUUACCAUAUAAAUUAAUCUAAUUCAAACAAAUAUUUAUCGCUUUGUUCUUGAUACUAUUAAUAAAACAAGUUAAACAAACAAAUUUGGUAUUCGCAAAUUACUUAUACUUCCUAUUAAAUUUUUGAAAUGUUGGAAUCUUAAAUGCAUAUGCAUUUACGUAACAAAUUUAACUUCUGAUUCUAAAAAAAUCUAUCACAUGGGUUAUUGACUGACCUUUUUGAUUCACACACAAUGAUGUCUCGUCUUGACCCAAACAGCUCCUCCUUGUUGAUUAUGUUAGGCUACCAAUCAAAGCCCUCUCGUUCUCAGCAAACAAUCCAGCAGGAUACCAGCAACUAUUUCUCCAAAACACAAGCCAGGCCUCUAUUUUGCCAGUACUCGUUCAAUAAACUCCAAAACUCUCUCCUCUCUUUCUCUCAACAAUAAUCUCCUGAGACCCAAGUAUCUUUUUUUUACUUGGUGUCACAAAUAAUUUUAAUAACGAUAAUUCUUGUAACUUACUCUCUUGGACUUUACAGAAUCAAAGAGGUAUUUCUUCUCGAUUUGAUUUGUCUCUCGUUCCACUUUUCAGCUACUCACUAUCAAAACAAAACACUAGUACUUGCUUCUGAACUACUCACGAAAACUUUUGAAUGCUCCUCUUGGAUGCCGGUAACACAAUGAUCUUUCUUUUCCAAAUCUGUCUCAACAUUCAAACAAAGACUUUCCCCAUUCCAAAUUGCCAAGCCAAUCAGAAACAUUUCUCUCUCCACCUCCCUCUCUUUCAAUCGAAAAACCCGUCAUUCCUUCAAACAAUACUUCUACAUAAAACAAAUGACUUUUCGAAAAUUAUCUAAAUAUUCCUGUUAUUAAACAAACAUAUUUAAAAUUCCAAUUCUCUUUACCCCUAUUUUUCUAAAAACUAAUAAUUACAUCUACCUGUGGUUUUACUUUUCCCGUAAUAAACAAUCGGUUUAAAAUUAUAAUCCUAAAUAGCUUUCACUUAACUUUUAUUUACAAAUGUCUGUUAUUUUUCAGGGAAAAGCUCAUUAUGGAGAAAUCACCUUGCGCGACAGCUAACUUCUAAUAAAUAUUUACAAAUCAAUAUACACGGUGUAUCAAAUUUAUGUGCCCGCGUUAUAUAAAAAAAAUAAAAUUUUUAUUCUAUCUGUGAUUGAUAAAUUAAUACACAAUAAUAACUAUUUUUUUCUUCUUCCUUUGUACAUAAGCAAUUUUGGACAACAUUAUUAGAUAGAAAAAAAGCACAACUUAUCACAAGUUCCUUCCAAGCCUUCCAGUUUAGACCUUAUUGGUUCUCUACUAAUUAUUAUCGUUUUAUUUUUCUGAGUUGAAGUCAUUGUAUUAACCCUGGAAGAUCACACCUAUUGUUUUUUAAUAAACCGCACACAUCAAUGAUUUUUUGUGAAGAAAUAAAAAAAAUGAAAUAUUUUAUGAUUUCCAGAGACUCUCUAAUCACUAUUGAAUACAUAAGAAUAAUUAAAUCAAUCAUUUUAUUUUCUCUCUCUCUUAAUUGUAGUAGCACAAAAGAAAAAAAUAUUAAAAUUACCUAAAAAUAAUUAACAAACAUUUUCUAAAAAACCGGAAACAUAAAUCAAAAUAUUUUAAUUUAAUUUAACAACAAAAUGAUCUUUCUAACUAAAAUAUGACACCUUUUGAUUAUAGAACUCAUAUUCAUUCUUAGGGUCGAUUUCUCAUACCUGCGUUAAUCUAUGGUUCAGUUGAACCAGGUUCACCCGUGAUCUGUGGUUUUGUUUGAAAUGCAUUUCUCAUUCCGCGUUCAUGUCAGCGCUCGUUCUACAGCUUUCGAGAAAUGCCAAUAGAUGGCAAAAGGUAAAAAACUGUCACCAUUUUGAACUACCUUUUUUAUGCUGUUUUUGAAUAAAGUUAAAUUUAAGUAUUUAUAGUCAAAUAGUAAUUUUAAUAAUUAUAAAUAAAUAUUAGAAAAACAAAAAUAAUGUUAUCGUUUAUCGUUAGGCUUAAUAUAAUAAAAUAGAAUAUAUUUAUAUUAUGACAGCGUUUC